UAUUCUUUUUCCCAUAUUUUCUUUUCCAUAUUUUCUCCUUCCAUCUCAGCCUCAAUCUUCAAAAACCUUUAAAACCCUCUUCUCUCCAAUAACCAUUUUUCUUGCUCUAUAUUGUCCACUUCCGUAUCCAGUUGCUGCUCCAUCUUGCACUAAAAGCAAUAUGGUUGGAUGUGCGGUAAGACUGAAGAAGAGAAAGCCAGAGUGGCUGAAUACUUUGUUGGACAGCAAAUUUUUUGGUUCAUGUGCUGAUCACCAUGAUCUUAGGAAGAACGAAAAGAACAUUUUUUGUAUUGAUUGUAAUCUUGGCUUGUGCAAGCACUGUAUGUCUUCUUCUUCUCCUCAUUGCCUUCACCAAUGGUUUCAAAUCUGCAAAUAUGUCUAUCAUGAUGUUGUUCGCCUGCAAGACAUUCAGAAGCAUCUUGAUUGCUCCAAAAUUCAAACUUACAAAAUUAAUGGAGAAAAAGCAAUACACUUGAAUCCAAGGCCUCAAACUAAAGACAUCAAAAUUCAGAAAUCAAAGGGUGGCGCCACAUGUGAUGCUUGUGGAAGGCAUAUACAAGACUUGCCUAACAACUUUUGUUCCAUUGCAUGCAAAGUGUCUAUGGUUAAGGAAAUGUGUAAAGAAAAGAACUGUAGAAAGACUCCAAAUUCCGGAUUUGAUAAUAUGUGUUUGAAGGAGAAUGAAGAUGAGGAUCAAUCCAUUUCUUUAUCAGAGUCUUCUGAGGUAAUUCAAGAAGGGUGGAUUUCUAUGCUAAAACCAAAGAAGAAAUUGCACAAGAGGAAAGGUGUACCUCACCGGGCUCCCCUAUGUUAAAUCUUCUAGUGAAUAAAUUUUAAUACUUCUUUCUCUUUUUUUUUUAAUCUAAUUGUAUUUUUUUUUCUCAUAAUAAUUCUUAAUAAAUUAUUAAUCAAUUUAUAGACAAAUCAUUCUCAAGCUGCCCCAUAUAUACUUGGAUUUUAGUUGGGUUAGUUGGAAUGUCAUCCCAGCUUGACUUGCUAUAGCAAUUUCUAGUGGUGCAAGCUCUAGUGGGCUUGACUCUUUCGGUGGCAUUAGAUUUUUUUGUACCAUCUACUUAGAUGAUGCUUUUUUUUGGGAUGUCCAUAAAG